AUGGCUGGGAAAUUUGAUGAAUUGGGUUUGAGUUUGAGCUUGAGAUGCCCAGAUAACAAGAUUCCGGAUCCACCCACACCCAAUUUCCCCUUGAAUCUCAUGAGGUCUGCUUUGCCUUUUAUGCAUCAUCAUUACGGGAACGAUACACUAAAAUCACCGGCUGAUUACAUUGCUGAGCCAAGAUCUUUUCUUCGAGGAAUCGAUGUAAACCGGCCUGUGACUGUAAUAGACUGUGAGGAAGAAGUGAUGGCGUCAUCACCAAACAGUACACUGUCAAGUUUGAGUGGAAAGAGGAAUGAGAGAGAGGAGAACGAUGGCGAGAGAGCAACCAGCUCUCUCGAGGAGGAGGAUGGCGGCGAUGCGGCGAGGAAGAAACUGCGGCUGUCAAAGGAACAGGCGGCCGUACUUGAGGAGACUUUCAAGGAACAUAAUACUCUCAGCCCGAAGCAAAAGUUGGCUUUGGCGAAAGAGCUGAAUCUGAGGCCUAGGCAGGUGGAGGUGUGGUUUCAGAACAGGAGGGCAAGGACAAAAUUAAAGCAAACCGAGGUCGAUUGUGACUACUUAAGGCGACGAUGUGAAAAUCUAACGGAGGAAAAUAGGCGGUUGCACAAGGAAGUGAACGAGCUUAGAGCAUUGAAGCUCUCCCCACACUUCUACAUGAACACGAACCCUCCGACCACCCUUACCAUGUGUCCUCAGUGUGAGCGGGUGGCUGUCGCGUCUUCGUCAUCCUCUGCUACUGGUGCUGGAGUAACUCGCCAACCCAAUCCAGCUAUUGAAAUAUCAGUAUCAAAACAAGGACAAAAUAGUAAUAGAUUCUCUCCAGGUUUUGCCAUCUAA